ACUAAUUUAAAAAAGAAAACUUCCGCAAUGGGUAUAGCUGCAUCGAGGUCUGGCUCGAGCGGGCCAUCUAGUAAGAUUCCCAGCCAUAUGUUUAGACUAUUUCAGGCAAUUCAAAAUUUCUAUCACCGACGACGGCUUCGUAGAAUCGCACCAUCGCCACGAACCGCUGACGAGACCUUACGGCUUUUCAUAACGUCAACUUUAUACCAUGGGUAUGACCUUCUGAAGAAAUCACCAUCGACUCUUCUUGAGGUACGUUUUUUCUACUCCAUGGUCUCGUUUUUGGUCAGAUCAAAAGGGAUCUUUACGGCACCAUCCGAGCGUCUGAAAAAAUUCCUAGCCGUCGUACCUCACAUAACAGAAUGUGUUAUUCAGCAUCCCUCCUUAUGGUCGAGGUUAUACCCCGAGAAUAUCUCAGGUCUGUUCCCAAAACACUUGCAUGUAAGUAACCCCAGAACAUCCCUGAUUCUUCAACUGUUUCUGAUUCCUCCCAUUGGUGUAAUUCCAAGAGCUUUGAUACUUCAUUUUUUCACAUAA